ACCAUCUCAAUCGAAUGGGUCUCCUUCCCGUCGUCGGAAUUACUUCGCCGGCGCUCAUCACCCACAAAAAUCACGCCAAUCCAAAGAUACAGAGACAUAAUCAAUCUACCUCCGAGACCACUGUUUCAUGGACUUCUCGCAUCAAUCUCCUCACGCGCAAUGGUCGAUUAGCGGAGGCAGCGAAGGAAUUCUCCGAUAUGACACUCGCCGGCGUAGAGCCUAACCACAUCACUUUCAUAGCUCUACUCUCCGGGUGUGGUGAUUUUACCUCCGGAAGUGAAGCCUUGGGCGAUUUGCUUCAUGGGUAUGCUUGUAAACUUGGUCUUGAUAGAAACCAUGUCAUGGUUGGCACCGCAAUUAUCGGCAUGUACUCCAAACGCGGCCGUUUUAAGAAGGCUAGAUUGGUUUUUGAUUACAUGGAAGAUAAAAAUUCGGUUACUUGGAAUACAAUGAUCGAUGGGUACAUGAGAAGUGGUCAAGUCGAUAACGCUGCUAAGAUGUUCGACAAAAUGCCUGAACGAGACUUGAUUUCUUGGACGGCUAUGAUAAAUGGCUUUGUUAAGAAAGGUUAUCAAGAGGAAGCUUUGUUAUGGUUCCGUGAAAUGCAGAUUUCUGGAGUAAAACCAGAUUACGUUGCUAUUAUUGCUGCUCUUAACGCUUGCACAAACCUUGGUGCUCUCUCAUUUGGAUUAUGGGUACAUCGUUAUGUUUUGAGUCAGGAUUUCAAGAACAAUGUGAGGGUGAGUAAUUCACUGAUCGAUUUGUAUUGUCGAUGCGGGUGUGUGGAGUUUGCUCGACAAGUUUUUUACAACAUGGAGAAACGAACCGUAGUUUCGUGGAAUUCAGUCAUUGUUGGUUUUGCUGCUAAUGGAAAUGCACAUGAAUCAUUAGUCUACUUCAGGAAAAUGCAAGAGAAAGGCUUUAAACCUGACGCAGUCACUUUCACUGGGGCGCUUACCGCGUGUAGCCAUGUAGGUCUAGUUGAAGAAGGUCUUCGAUAUUUUCAAAUUAUGAAAUGUGAUUACAGAAUCUCGCCUCGAAUUGAGCAUUAUGGAUGCUUAGUGGAUUUGUAUAGUCGGGCUGGGAGAUUGGAAGACGCUUUGAAGUUGGUGCAGAGCAUGCCAAUGAAGCCAAAUGAAGUUGUGAUUGGAUCGUUGCUUGCAGCUUGCAGCAAUCAUGGGAACAAUAUCGUCUUAGCAGAGAGGCUGAUGAAGCAUCUUACCGACCUGAAUGUGAAAAGCCAUUCAAAUUAUGUGAUUCUCUCGAAUAUGUAUGCUGCUGAUGGAAAAUGGGAAGGAGCAAGUAAGAUGAGAAGGAAGAUGAAGGGUCUCGGUCUAAAAAAGCAGCCUGGGUUUAGUUCGAUAGAGAUUGAUGAUUGCAUGCAUGUGUUCAUGGCCGGUGACAAUGCCCAUGUUGAGACCACUUAUAUCCGCGAGGUCCUGGAGCUUAUUUCUUCUGAUUUGCGAUUACAGGGCUGUGUAGUUGAAACCCUUGCUGGUGAUCUCCUCAAUGCUUGAAAUCCAGGAACCUCCACAUCCCAUUUUUUGUUCAAGUCCUGAGCGUGAGCAUUUGCUCAAAUUGGUUGACCGCAAAGAAGCCUUACAGUGGUCUUAGUCUUAGAGUCUUAGAGAUGCUGAACGCUAGAAUAUACCUCAUUACAUAACCAUUGUCGCUUCCUCCAACCUUUUUGCCAGGCCCUACCAAUAAAGAUCUGGGUGUAUAUCGCUAUUUAAACCUGCUGAAUAGAGGCCACACAAGGAUAUGGUGCUCCCGUGUUUUGUAAGCUUCGAAUCCAAGCUAUGUGGCCUUGGCGGCCGUCUCCUCGUGCUAAUAAGGUAACCUGAAUCUAUGUGCAUUCUUCUGUGUCUUGUCAUGUUAUGUUGAUGUUAUUGCUGGUUACUGUCAAGUUAGUAAACAGUUCAAUAACUCCCACAUUUUGCAACACUUUGGUGUUCUGUUUGCGUGGAUUUUGUGAUACCUUGGGGCAUUUUCUAGCAUUUGUUUACCUAGCAGUGAUCAUAGCACAGGAUUGAUUCAGCGAAAUGCAUAGGCAGUACAACAUCUAUAAGACCUGCUAGCUUGAGUGUAAUUAUUCCCAACAAUAUCCUUGUUAAUGCAUUUUUCGAAGAUAGUGAGUUCUGUUCUAGGUACAUCUGGUAUUGUUAAUGUUGUAUCAUAAAGGUUAAAGUAUUUUGACGAUUAUAUGUUACACAUAUCAGUUUAUUCAUAGAAGAAUUUUCAUAAUUAAGAAUGUACAAUCAGCAGAAUAGAGUCGUAUACAAACACUUUCAGCCCAGUACAAUUUUUGACUCUGUUUCCUCUGCAUUGCCCGUAUCUAUUUUGGGUAGAACUGUUUUUGGGCGGAGAUAAACACCAAUGUACUGUAGUCCCGAGGCAUCAUAAGUCCCAUGGAAACCGCCGAACUGAGGAGAUUUCCCGAGUUUAAAAGCAAAUUUGUCGUUGCUCGAACCGGAGGUGCCAAAAGGACCGUACUCGCUAGUGUUGGUAUUGAAUUUGAGAGACCUCAUGUGAGGAUUGUUGGCUUCAUACUUGUAAUACUCUCCACUGAUUCCAGUUAUGUACUCAUGCGGAUAGUUGAGCUCUAUCUGCUGGGUCCAAAUCACAUAUUAAGUUAUAAAAAAAAAGUUAUAACCAUGUUCUUAGCAUUUUAGUUGGAAGUAGAAAUUGUGACGGAGAAAAAAGAAGAGUCAAAAAUCAGACUUACAACGUCAAACAUGUUGCCGGAAAAUGGACCGUGACGAUCGGAUAAAACGAGUUUUCCGUCCAUCACGAACUGGAAUUGGAUAGACAUAAUUCCAGCGACGCCAUGAGAUAGAAAAAUCUGAGAGAUGAAGCCAUCGUGAGAUCCUUCGUCCCAGUUUACAAUUGUAGUGCUUCUAGCAUCAUGCUUCCCUACAGGUCCUAUCUUCAUUUUCCCUUUCUUUUUUUUUGUACGACCAAAACUCAAAAGCUCUUUUGUUUGGUUACAUAACGAAAAUAGCAUAACAUUAAUAUAUAUACAUGUAGAGAUUCAAAGUUCUCUAACUCUGAAGUCUCAGAUUGGAAUAUGCCUAUCCAAUUUGAUAUUAGUAAUUCAUCUUACGAUUCAUUGUUUUAUUGCAUUUAUCUUUGCUUCUUCUCUCCAUUACCCAAUUUGUUUUAAUGAAAUGACUAAUAGAUUUGUUACUAGAGAUUCUUUAAGAUAAUGUUCUUAUUUUGACGCCUC